ACUCGAACGAGUCACGAGUCGCCAGAAAAUCCAAAGCUCGUCGAGGAAAAUGGCGAUGAGAUAGAACGGAACGAAAAAAGAAGAAAAGGAUCCGAUAUAAAGUGAUUUGUCUUUUUUCGCCUUUUUUUUUGUGUCGGGCUGCGCAAUUCUCCGGCGAGGAUGAGAAUCGGAAAGGGAAAUCUCGACGAAGAAGAGUACGGAGAUGAUGAGUUUGGUCCGAAUCGACAUGGUCCCUCUUCGAACACUACAGUUCACAGCAACAACAACAGUAUCGCCGCCGCGAACAAAGAUGCUAAGAACAGUGAUAAGGCUGCAAUACGCUCAAAACAUUCGGUCACGGAGCAGCGGAGAAGAAGCAAAAUCAAUGAGAGAUUUCAGAUAUUGAGGGAACUGAUUCCACAUAGCGAUCAGAAACGAGACACGGCGUCUUUCCUAGUAGAGGUAUGUUAUGUUGGAUUAGAUGAUGGUAAGUGGGAAUCUCCUAGUAGAGGUAGCUUAGAUUUCUGUUCGCUGAACAUUAUUAUCGGCAUUCAUAAUCUGAUUUCGUGGUUUGAACAGAGGAAUAGCCACUGGCGCGUUCAGGGUUUUGCCGAUCACCCGAACAACGGGUCUGGUCCCGGGACACCAUUUCAUGGGAAGUUUGAGGAGAAUAAUAAUAUGAUGACUGCUACCACACCUGCAAUUCAAAACCCAGUUGAAUCUGAACAUGACAGAGAUGUAGCCUUCAGACCGACGGAUAGACAACCUGAGUUAGACAACAAGGGAUUAUCUCUGUCCAUGUCAGUUGCACCGAUUCCUCAACCGUCACACUCACAUGGUGGUGCCCAAUCAAUCGAAAGCCCUGCAAGGGGGAGUGAUCUUCCAUGUCAACAACCCGAGGAUCCAGUUAUAGAAGGCGGAACAAUUAACAUCUCUAGUGUCUACUCACAUGAGCUGUUAACCUCUUUGACACAAGCACUCGAGAAGGCAGGCGUCGACCUAUCACAUGCUAGACUUUCAGUGCAGAUCGAUCUUGGGAAACGAUCUGAUCAAGGAGUAGCAUCUGCUAAUAAGGAUCCGGAGUCUGAUAAUGAAGGAGCAAAGGAUCCAGGCUGCUGUGAGGAAGAAUCUGAUCAUUCUUAUAAGCGUAUGAAGAAGACAUAGCAAAAAAAGACAAGACAAUGCAUCCGUGUAAUGUAAUGUCCAACUCAAAACUGUUUCAUGUGUUUUGGUUAUUAUAAGGUUGCGGUAUUAUUGUGCAUACAUGCUCUCUCUUUCUCCUUCAUGGGUUUUCUUUAGGGUCUUUUUCUUUAAUGAAACAAAAAGGAAAAAAAAAGUCUCUCUGAUUUGUUAUUUGA